GAAAGAAUGGUAAUAAAUUUUUUUCAGAAAGAUGGCCGUUUGUGUGGCUGUUUUGGCGAGGCAAAAUUAUCCUCUUUACAUGCGAACAAUUCCUAACGAAAACACUUUAAAAUUCCAUUUCAUAGUUCACUCCUCUUUGGAUGUCAUUGAAGAGCGAAUGGUAGCUGUCUCACGCAGUGCGACCGAAGCUUCCAAUCGAGAAACAUAUCUGGGAUAUCUUCUGACGAUUCAGGAUUUCAACGUUUAUGGUUAUGUAACAAAUUGUCAAGUGAAGUUUGUCAUUCUCAUGGAUUCGUCAAAUCUGUCUAUCAAAGACCACGACAUUCUUUCUAUGUUCAAGAAGCUACACAACGCAUACGGCGAGGCAGUGUCAAAUCCAUUCUACAAUAAUGGGGAAACAAUAAAGUCUGCAGCGUUUGAGAAAGUAGUCGGCAAUUUUAUGCUCUCUCAUCACCAUCAGUACGUUACAGCACCAAGUGACGUCAACAACCACCCAGCAUACCCAUCGCAAACAAACAACACAACAGCAGCAGCCCAUUUGCAUCAACAGAAUCAAGUACCUAGCAGUUCUCCCGCCACCGUCAUAGCUCAGCCUUAGACUUUUUCAAAU